AUGAGCUUGAUCAGUUGGAUUUCCUCAAUAAUCAAGACGGUGUGGCCGCUGCUGAAAUAUCUGUGGGAGAACUGGGGGAUUCAUUUCUUGGUCACUGUAAGCCUUACUUGCGAGAUUUUACUCACAAUAUUAGGCAUUCGUCGGAAAUAUAUGAGGUCGAAUUUAGCUAGAUCCAUCGUCUGGGCUUCCUAUUUGCUCCUGUCUUAUGUUGCGAAAAUUGCGCUGGGCAAGCUUACUGUGGUCCACAUCGAUGAUCCUAAAAAUCCGGGUUACGACGUGGAGUUGGUAGGGCUCUUUGCCCCGUUGCUUCUGAUGCAACUUGGGUACCCAGAUGGCAUAACGGCCUAUGCGGUGGAAGAUAACCGGCUGGGAUUGAGACAGAUUCUGAACGUCGGGGCUACAGUUGUAAUCGUGGUUCGUAUUCUCAUUCGCUGUUGGGACGGCUCGUCCCCAGUCUCAGGGCUGUACAUCCCCUUGUUCAUUACCGGAUUCAUAAAGGCGGCAUUGUGGGUCUGGGCUCUCAAAUCCGUGUACGACGAGAACUCAAUUGUGAAUGCCGAAUACUUUCCCAAAGUAGCCACCGAGGAAGUAAGGGAAAGCAGUCGUCAGCUUGAACUGUUCCCCGAGGACAAGAAGUUUGACUCCGCAAGGGACAUCUUGAAGGCCUACUUUCGGUUCGACUGUCUGAAGCCUCACAUCGCGAACUGGCCGUACCACCCUGUGUUUGUAUCCCGCGAUUGGAUGUCCAUAAAAAAUUACUCUGCCAACCGCGCUUUCACCGUGAAUGAGAUCGAGCUGAACUUCAUGUUCGAUGCACUCUACACUAAAGCGCCGAUUCUGUUCACGAAAUGGGGCAUCAUAGGCUACUCUGUUGGCUUCUUCUGCUUGGUGACUGCCUUGUGUAGAUUCGCUAUGAUCUUCAAGAACGCCUUCUUGAUCGAUAUGUACAUCACCUACACCUAUGCGUUACUGAUGGCAUUCACUUGUCUCCAGCUUUAUCAGAUUACGAGGUUGGCAUUUUCGGAUUGGGCAGUGGUGGCGAUGGGUAGGAAUCUUGGGAUGCCGCUCUUGUCAAGGCUCCUUCCAAUUAUAGCUGAUCGGUGUAUGAGGAAGGAAAGAUGGUCGAGGUCUAUCGGGCAGCUCAAUUUGUUAGAACAAUGCCACCCAUACAAAGAAAGGCCAAAGCUCGUCCGCGGGGUCCUUGAUUGGUUUGGUAAGUGGGAGCACGUCCGCGCAGUACUUGAUUGGUUUGGUAAGCGGGAGAUCUUCCGUUGGCAUUGGUUAUCCUCCCGCCAGCCCAUGCCCUUGGGGCUCCGGGCGCUGGUACUGCGAAAGAUGGAGGAGCUAGAGGAGAAAAGAAAUUCCCGGCCCUUCGAGGAAAGAGGCAAAUGGACGCUCGAGAUUCACGACAUCCAAGAAAAACAAGGACUGAGGGGUAGCAUCGAGGCAAAAUUCGCCAAGAGUAUCAUUAUCUGGCACAUUGCAACGGUAGUCUUGCAAUCAUUGGAAUUCGAAAAAUCCGAUGCUUGUGAAGGAAGCAAAUUACUAUCGAGGUACAUCAUGUACCUUCUGGCCCUGCAACCUCACAUGCUGUCGCUCCCCACCGCCAACAUCACGUUGGAGGAAGCUUGUUACACGCUGAGGCCUUUCUUGAGGUACCGAGAAUAUGAAGAUGCAAUUAGUGCACUAUCGUCGUCGGAUGGAGAUGUCCCGCACCCCAUCAAAUCAAGUGAGGAGACAUGGGACAUGUUGUUGGAGGUGCAGAAGCUCAUGGCCGACCUAAGGACAAUGGACAACAAGUGGGAGAUUAUCAGCAGCAUGUGGGUGGAGAUGCUGUGUCAUGCAGCAUUCAACUGUCAUGCGUAUCGUCAUGCCAAGCGACUGAGAAGAGGAGGUGCGCUUAUCACUCAUGUGUGGCUUCUCUUGGCUCACAAGACCGACAAGUUCCCCUUUGAAAAUCCUAACCGUUGCCUCAAGAUCUCUGAAACCUCCCUCCUCGGAAAAAGGUUUUUCUAG